UUAUUUAGUUCCUACCGCUAAGCACCGGAGUUCCGCGAGACACCUUCCGGUCCUGUAUCAGGUCAAAAUGCUCGCCCUGAGAGGGUUACAGAGGCUAAAGCCUGUUUUAUCCCGACAUGGUAACCCGGGUCUCAGAAGUCUCUCUGGCUCUUCAAAUGUAGUCCGACAGAAAGAUGACACGCUCGUGAAGAUGGAGAACCCGUUCAAAGAGCCACAGAAAGGAUGUCUCCUCUGCAACGUCACCGUGGACUUCAAAAACACUCAGCUGCUGUCUCAGUUCAUCUCUCCUCACACGGGCCGGAUCUACGGACGACACCUCACAGGUUUGUGUGGAAGGAAACAAAAGGAAGUCUCUAAAGCCAUAAAGAAAGCUCACUCCAUGGGUUUCAUGUCGGUGACCCACAAACACCCACAGUUCAUGAAGGAUCCCAACAUCUGUGCAGUCAGACAUCUGGACUAGUGGAUCAGUGUUCUCUGUGUUCAAUCUCUUUAUUAAAUGUAUAAAACCCAUCAGUA